UGACACGAAACAAAUGUGUAUGUCGGUAUCUAUCGGUAUCUAUGAUACGUAAAGAGGAAUGAGACGGAGAAGUUUAGCCCGUCUGGUCAUUAGGGUCGUUAGUUUGGUGUAAUAGUUCAAGUGAUAUAUAUCCGUGUGUUGACAUUCAGUUAAUUAAAAUGUCUCUAAAUACAGCGCACGCAAAUGGAGGAGUUUUAAUACAUGCAGGAGAAUGCAUCCUGCUGUUCUGUGAUAAUGUAACAAUGGAAUUUCAUGGACAAGAUCAGCCAGAGUUCAAAGGCAGUAAACACGGACGGCUGUACCUAACCACUCAUCGCAUGAUUUUCAAUGCAAAAGAAUCAAGAGACAAAAUGCAGUCUUUCAGUUUCCCAUUUGUUACUCUUAAUGAUGUUGAGUUAGAGCAGCCGAUGUUUGGAGCAAACUAUAUAAAAGGGAAGGUCCGAGCCCAGCCAAAUGGAAACUGGGUUGGUGAAGCAAAGUUUAAACUCAUGUUCAAAUCUGGAGGAGCAAUUGACUUUGGCCAAGCAAUGCUGAAGGCAGCUCACAUGGCAUCCAGAGGAGGUUCCCCAAGGGAUGCUCCACCACCAUAUGCACCCCCCAUGGGACCCUGGUAUGCAGCUCCGCCUCCAGCAUAUGCACCAUCUCCUGCUGGUUACUAUGGAUGGAUGCCCCCCACUCAUGCAUUCCCCGACAUACCACCCCCAAAUUCAGUGUAUAUGACUGAUAUGCCACCCCCAUACCCUGGUAUCAAUGCCUACAAUGGUUAUGCAGCUGCAUCAGCGCCACCACCUGGAGCUGUUGGCUUCACCCAGCCACCACCAGCUGGAUCACAGUCUGCAGCUGAUGCAAAAGCAGCUGAAGCAGCUCAGAGUGCUUACUAUGACCCCAAUCGACCACAGUGCGCCUAUGUUCCACCACCCGCAUAUUAUGAGUCCCCGCCAACAUACCAGGCAGCAACGGCCAAGAAAGACCAGUAAACUGACCUACCUAACCCCCCCCCCACAACAUAAUUUUCUCAUAGAACCCUUAAUGCUUCUCUGAAGAAUGUGUCAAUAAAGCAGAUUCACUGAAGUUUGUUUUUACACUGUUAAUUCACACAAACUACCAGUUUCUUUAUUCUUUUGGGGGAGUUAGGAUGUCACUGCUGUAAUGUUCAGGUGUAGGAAUUAAACGAAACAAUAUCAGAUUAAUCGUGAGGAUAGCUUUAAGAGACAUUUGUGAUUUAUUGAUGCUUUUCACAUAUUUAGACCUUUCGGUAUAUACAAAUUUUAAAGUAUCUUUUGCUACAUUUUUUCACUGAACAUUUUUAUUAGUUUGCAAAAGAUAAUUUUCCCUAGUGAAAAUUAACUGUCUAAGAUUUCAUGCUGACUUUCAGUGGAGGUGAAAGAUGGAAUUAAAAAUCUAUGUAUACUACUGAGAAGUUACUUGAAGGAUCUGCAAUAGUUAUGUAAGUUUUGAGAGUGUGGGCAGAGAACUGAGAAGCUGUGUUACUAGUGUUGGGGCCCAGGUUUCACAACCUUAAUAUUGGAUAAAGGAUUGUAAUUCUGGUUUUAAAUACUGAGUGUUAAGAGUUAAUAAUUUUAACUCAUUGUUCUUUGUUACAUUCCUUCAUGCUCUGUUUGUGAAACCUUUUCAGUUCCAAACUAUAUAUAUUCAUGCUGUACUAAAUAUAUUGUAGUAUACUCGUAUGUAUGGCAAUAUGUUAUCUGCAGUACAGGAAGAUGUUAUGUAAAAUAGGAUACAAUAUAAUUUUCUUUUGUUAUUAUUAUGGAUACUGGCAUACUGUUUCAAAGCUAGAAACAUACACUUUGCUUGAAUUCUGUAAAAAUUAAAUAGUAAUACUUUCGUCACGGCACCAUUAGCAGUAUGAAUGUUAUUACUAUUUUAUUGUAUAUUAAAUGUUUAAAUAUAUGCAAGUAUGUAACAUC